UUUCACUACGUCAUGACGCAGCGGCUCCAGCUGGACGUCGCUGGCGUCGGUUCGUAGUUAGUUUAGCUCAGAGGAGCAAACAGGGUCAGAAGCUCCGCUUAAACCCGCGAUUUAACAUUUUUAAACAACAUUUUAUCAACAUCUAACUACGGGAACCGACAGCGGGAGUGUUUGAGAUUAACGGGACUCACCGGGAGAGGAGGAGCUUGUUGUUGUGUUGCUCCAACAGACAGACAGACUGUGUGUGUGUGUGUGUGUGUGUGUGUCCUGAGGGGGGCGGAGCCCGAGUUUGCUUCUGUUUCCUGUCUGGGAGGAAACAGUGAACGUCUGAGAGAUGAUGUUAAGCUAAAGGACGAGAGGAGCUGUCACUCAAACCUGGAACACGCCCCCAAACAACACCAGCAGCCAAUCAGCACGCAGUUUGGAGGACCAUCAUGCACCUGAAGUCGUACCCGAAGUUCGUGCGUUCGGAGCUGCGUCUGGACGCGGUCGUCGGUGUCCAGCUGAGGACCUGCGCCGGUAACCGCGGCAACAGCCGCCUCCCGUUCGGCGUCCUCUCCCCCAACAACAACAACACGCCCCUCUGGCUGCCGGGCGGCGAGAACGACACGGAGGACGGAGACGCGGCGCCGGACGUCUGGUCCGUCAUCAAGCCGGGACACGUCCGGGAGAAGAUCGCCAUCUUCGCCUCGGACGACCGGCACGCCGCCGCCUCCGCCGCCACCGCCGCCACCGCCGCCACCGCCGUGGCGCCCGCGAUCCACGCCGGGCCGAUGACGUCGCGCGCCACGAAGGCGAAGGGGAGCUGGUCGGAGAACUCCGGCGCCAAACGGCGCCGCAGGUCCGGAAACGAACAGCGCACGAAUGCUCGCCAAGCGUCUCCGCGGCGAUCCGGCGAGGCCACGGCGGCGGUGGCGGCGGCCCCGGAGGAGACGAAGGUGUCGGUGGUUGACAUGGUGGCGUUCCUGGAGCAGAGAGCCAGCGAGCCGCCGCCGCAGACGGAGGCCAAACCGCUGCUCGCCAUGCAGAGAAGCUCCGCCUCCAUCACGCUGUCCAGAGCCCCGCCCACCGAGGUCAGAGGGGCGGAGCCAGAGAGCAGCGAGCAGGGGGCGGGGCCAGAGAGCGACCGGGACCGGGGGGCGGAGCCAGAGAGCGACCGGGACCGGGGGGCGGAGCCAGAGAGCGUGCGCAGCGUGUCAGACAUGGUGGCGAGGCUGGAGUCUGCGUGCGAGAACCGGCCAAUGGCGGGAGAUCUGUCGAGAAACAACAGCCUGCGGAGGACAGUGGGACGCGUGCUGCUCGCCGCCACGGCUCAGAGCUCCGCCCCCUCGGCAUCAUCGAUUACAUCAUCAUCGUCAGACAGGGAGCCAACCGGCUGCUCGGAAACUGCCGUCUCAGCCGUGGCUAACGCUAACGGUAGCUCUGGAGACGAGACGCUGGAUGAGCUCUCACAGGCCCCGCCCCUCUCACAGGCCCCGCCCCUCUCACAGGCCCCGCCCCUCUCACAGGCCCCGCCCCUCUCACUGGUGGAGCCUGUGCCCGGCCUGUUGUUCAUGCUCCCUGCCUCUCGCUGCGACUCUGGCAGCCAAUCAGAGAAGAGGAAGAAGAAGAAGGCGGACCGAGCUCAGCAGGAGGAGAUGAUUCAGGAUGUGGAUACCUCCUCCUCCUCCUCCUCCUCCUCCUCCUCUUCCUCCCCCCCGCGGCGUGCGUCUCCUGACUUCCUGUUGCUGCGGCGACGGCUGCAGCAGCUGUUGGCGCCGCGGCCCUUCCUCUCCGUGCUGCCUCACCACGUGCUGCUGGCCGUGCUGGCGCUGCUGCCCACGCGGAGCCUGGCGGCGCUCAAGUGCACCUGCCGCUACCUGCGCUCCGUCAUCGACGACUACGGCGUGCGCCCGGCCGACUCGCUGUGGGUGUCCGACCCCCGUUACCGCGACGACCCCUGCAAGCAGUGCAAGAGGCGGUACGGGCGCGGCGACGUGUCCCUGUGCCGCUGGCACCACAAGCCGUACUGCCAGGCGCUGCCCUACGGCCCCGGCUACUGGAUGUGCUGCCACGCCGCGCGCCGGGACGCGCCCGGGUGCAACGUGGGUCUCCACGACAACCGAUGGGUGCCGGCCUUCCACAGCAUCAACGUGCCGAUCUACCGGAGAGGCCGCGCCGGCAACGAAGACUGACGGCAACGCGCAGGAAAUGUUGGAAGGACGCUGCUGUCCCCCCCCCCCCUGCUGCUGUGUGUGUGUGUGUGUGUGUGUGUGUGUGUGUGUGUGU